AUGACGUCGAAUGAUACUAAUGUAUCAGCCUGACCAAAGGUAAACUUUCGUCCUAUAAAGGGGAUUUAAAGGUAAUUGGUCGCAGUAACAGAACCCUGCGGCCACUUUAAACCCGGGCAGAGUCGGUUUCCUCGAUGUGAGAAGUUUACUCAUCCGCUUGCACGCUCUCUAUUGCGCAAGCGACCUACUUUAGGUGGAAGGGGCAGGGCACUUAGACUGUGAGCAGACGUCUUGAAGUGGUUUAGCAGAACUUCGCACCUGCACAGGUAACAGAAACUCACCUGUGUUGCAGCUUUGAGUGAGCCGCUGUCAGAUCUGAAACCAUGGAGUACGAUUCGGUGUCGAGGGGAGCCCGAGCCAUGUUUUUCAUGCUCACACCGAAUGAAUCAUCUUUUGAGAAAGUGGAGGAUGUCCCUCAGUAUGUGCAGCAGGCUACUCCUUUCUUUGUGGGACUGAUGGUUCUGGAGCUGGUGGUGGGCUUUCUGAAGACGGGGGCCCCAGUGAUCACAAUCAGUGAUGGAAUCACCUCCCUAUCUGCUGGAAUGGUCUCCAGACUCCCACUCUUGCUGAUGAGAGGCUGUGAGCUGAGCGCUUACAUGCAUGUGUGGAACCACUACCGCUUGGUGGAGCUGCCCUGGGACUCUGCCUGGACCUGGUGGUUCACCUUCUUGGGAGUGGACUUCUGCUACUACUGGGUCCACCGUUUUGCUCACGAGGUUGCUGUCCUUUGGGCUGCUCACCAGGUUCAUCACAGUUCAGAGUACUACAACCUUACCACUGCCCUCAGACAAUCUGUCACCCAGCCGUUUACCUCAUGGGUUUUCUAUUUGCCGAUGGCCCUGGCUGUACCUCCAUCCAUAUUCGCUGUUCACAUACAAUUAAACCUGCUCUACCAGUUCUGGAUCCAUACUGAGUUAAUCAGAGACCUUGGACCUCUGGAGUGGAUCUUGAACACUCCAAAACACCACAGAGUUCAUCAUGGGCGGAACCUUUAUUGCAUUGACAAGAACUAUGGUGGAAUUUUGAUUAUCUGGGACAGAUUAUUUGGUACCUUUGCUCAAGAAGCCGACAAAGUCGUGUACGGCCUGGUUUUCCCCAUCAAAAGAUUUGAAAUCCUCUAUGUGCAGUUGCAUUACUACUUGUAUUUGUGGAAGAAAUCCAAAACCUACAAAACUAUCAGCAACAAACUGUCAACUUUUCUCAACGGUCCAAGUUGGAAACCUGGUAAACGUCGGCUGGGUGACCACAAUGACAAUCCAAAGGUUACCGGAAAGGAAGUGCCUCAUAAUCCCAGGUGGUCACUGCCUGUACAAAUUUAUGCAGUCAUACAUUUCCUGCUGGUGCUGAAGACUUACCAUGAUUUGUUUGAAAACAAGAUGAUACUGUCCCAGUUAACUAUUCUGGGUAUGACUGGCUACGUUCUGCUCACUCUCACGUCUCUGGGGUUCCUCAUCGAUCAGAGGCCAUCAUCGGCUGUCUUGGAGCUAUUUCGCUGUGUCGUCAUGAUGACAUUGCUGAGGUACAACUACAUGAAGCCCCUCGCACCUUCACUGGCAGUGCCUACAGAGGCCUUUGUCUCCCUCUCUCUGCUGUACUGGGCUCUGCACAGCAUCGCCUCUCAGCUGCUCGGCAUCAAGAAGAAGGCUAACUGAUCCAGCUCAAGAUGGCACAAAGUGAUGGAUGGAAAACCUUUUGGCAUUGUCAUUGCUGAAAUAAUUUCCAUAUUAUCAUGAUUUUAAUAAUUUUAAACACUGUGCAUGACUUUAUGUAGAACUGAUUUCUAUAUAUUCAAGAUAAAACUAUUUUUUGCUUGAUUAAUUUUUAAAAAAUUUUUA